AUGGCGGAGGACCCAUCAGUCGUUUACGCUACUGUGGGAGUUGAACAAGCCAUACGCCUAUUAAAGGUGUCGACGUUUUCGGAGAAUAUUCAGGUCGAAGGGAGCUGUGGCCCUGAGGGAACCAUAGCCCUAGGGGAGUCAUACUUGGCUCAAUGGAAGAGGGACGCAACUCCUUACACAAGGCUCUCAGCUCUACCAUUAUUCAGAUGGGCACAGGCAAAAAUCGGAUUGCGACAAUUUCUACACGAGAGGAAGGUGCCUGAUGUUACCGACGCCCUGUGCGAAUGUGGUAAUGGAAACCAAACAGUACGGCAUGUCCUCUUGGCGUGCCUCAGAUUUAACAGGCUUAGGAUAGAGUCAUGGGAAGACAGUGACGGAAAAAGAGAACGACUGGAUCUCAAGGAGAUCCUCAAUACGCCUAAGCUAGCUAAGAUAAAGACCAAUGGCCGGAUUGCUGGUCAUAUAGGUGUCAACUCCGCCAGCAGAAAAUUUAGUAUAGCACUGACAUGCAGCACUUCAAACAGGAGCAUCACUGUUGGGUAUGGUCUCGACAACAGAACAUGAGGGGGAUGUUGAUUGCCAUCUGGGAUAACUGUACUAAAUGUCCCUAAUACUGAUUUCGUUUCAUGAAUUAAAUGCCACAA